GCUGGAAGGCUCCGUCUUUCGCCGCUUCCGUGUUCUCUUACUAGUGACAGAUAGUAGAUACUUGAUAGAAACCCUGAGAAUCUCGGCUCUACUUCUAUCCAUGGAUUUUGUCGCAAGCCCUUCUGUUGGUUUAUCCAUGGGCAUUUGGGUUUGAGUUUUAUGGAAACUAGUGAAAAGAAAGAUGGAUUUGGUAGUUCCUGCAAAACAAACUCCUGGGGAUUUCUCGUUGGUUAAUUCUGUUCAGAAGGAGAGUGGAAAGAAGAACAAAUUUGGGACCAAAGUUGUAGCUAGGGUUCACUCUGAUUUCAGUACAAACAGUUGUAGUUCUUUCAUUAAGGGUUUUCCAGGGUAUAAGGCCUGUUGCUGUAUUUUAUCCCCUGAUGUUGAGGUGAGAAAUAAAAGGAGCAAUCGGGUUUUUGCAGUCUCCAAGGUAGAAACUAUUAGCUCCAACGGAAAAUUACCAAACCCGGUCAAACCCCCACAUGGACAUGUGGAAAAUAGUCGAUCCUCUUUGGCUUCUGGUCAUUCUUCGCACAAUUUUGAAGAUUCUGAGAGUAACAUUCAUCUCCGUCGCCUGGUUAGAAAUGGGGAACUGGAGGAAGGUUUGAAGUUCCUGGAGAACAUGAUAUAUCAUGGUAACAUCCCAGAUAUAAUUCCUUGCACAAGUUUGAUUCGUGGGCUCUGUAAGAUAGGUAAGACUAAGAAGGCAACUAGGGUUCUAGAGAUUCUUGAAGAGUCUGGAGCUGUUCCAGAUGUUAUAACCUACAAUGUCUUGAUUAGUGGGUAUUGCAAGUCAGGGGAGAUCGAUGAUGCUUUGCAACUAUUGGAACGAAUGAGUGUUGCACCAGAUGUUGUUACAUAUAACACAAUCCUGCGUAGUCUAUGUGAUUGUGGAAAGUUGAAAGAAGCAAUGCAAGUUCUGGAACUUCAUUUGCAGAAGGACUGUUAUCCUGACGUUAUCACUUAUACAAUUCUGAUAGAAGCAACUUGUAAGGAGAGUGGGGUUGGACAAGCAAUGAAGCUUUUGGAUGAGAUGAGGAUUAAGGGAUGUAAACCCGAUGUGGUUACCUAUAAUGUUCUUAUCAAUGGAAUUUGCAAAGAAGGUAGAUUGGACGAAGCAAUAAAGUUCCUGAAUAACAUGCCAUCAUAUGGUUGCCAGCCUAAUGUAAUCACACACAAUAUCAUUCUGCGUAGCAUGUGUAGCACAGGAAGGUGGAUGGAUGCUGAAAAACUCUUGACUGAUAUGGUAGGUAAAGGUUGUUCACCAAGUGUUGUUACAUUCAAUAUCUUGAUCAACUUCUUGUGCAGAAAGGGUUUACUUGGUCGUGCAAUUGAUAUUUUGGAGAAGAUGCCAAAGCAUGGGUGCACCCCCAAUUCCCUUAGUUACAAUCCAUUGCUUCAUGGGUUCUGUAAGGAAAAGAAAAUGGACAGGGCAAUUGAGUACUUGGACAUAAUGGUGUCUCGAGGUUGCUAUCCGGAUAUUGUGACCUACAACACAUUGCUUACAGCCUUAUGCAAGGAUGGAAAGCUUGAUAUUGCAGUCGAGCUGCUUCACCAGCUAAGCAUUAAAGGGUGCUCUCCAGUGUUGAUCACUUACAACACAGUAAUUGAUGGGCUUUCAAAGGCAGGGAAAAUGGAAUGUGCCAUAGAGCUUCUGGAUGAGAUGCUUUCAAAGGGUCUACAGCCUGAUAUAAUCACAUAUUCAUCACUAGUUGCUGGACUCAGCAGAGAAGGCAAGGUUAAUCAAGCAAUUAAUUUCUUUCACCAACUUGAAGAAUUGGGCAUUAGUCCCAAUGCAGUCACAUACAAUUCCAUCAUCUUAGGCCUUUGUAAGGCUCGUCAGACUGACCGUGCUAUUGAUUUCCUGACCAAUAUGGUAUCCAAGGGGUGUAAACCCACGGAAGUGACAUAUACUAUUCUUAUUGAAGGUGUAGCUUAUGAAGGCAUGGGGAAGGAGGCUUUGGAAUUGUUGAAUGACUUGUGCUCCAGAGGGGUCAUGAAGAAAAGCUCUGCAAAACAUGUUGCGUCAAGAUGUAGGGUUGGUUCGAGAGGUUGGGUUUCUUGAGUCUUAGAUGAGAGUGUAUUACAUCCUUGGAUUUUGUUUUUCAAACUUGCUUUGAGGGUGAUGCAGUAAUCCUCUGGAUCCUAACAUUUUUUGUUGUAUCUUGCUUACUUUUGAUGUCAAUUCAAGUUGAAAACCAGACUCAAUUUUGCUAGACAACCCAUGUAGUCUUAUAUGGUCUCCUUCAACUUAUUAGUUCUACUUUAUUCCUUA